GUGCGGAGUGAUCUGAUACGGACUACACCCAGCCGCCGCCUCACUGCCCCAGCCUUCGCGGUGGUCAGCGUUGAAGUGUGGGUUGGAGACUGAAAUCGCGCCGCGGUUCUUCUUCCCUCCUCUGUCUGUCUCUUUGGCAAGCUUGCCUUAGCAAGUGUAGUUUAUUUUUAAGUGUAGCAUUAAUUCACUGAGCAUGUCUUGGCAAAGCUACGUGGAAAACCUGAUGGCCGAUGGCAGCUGUCAGGAUAGCGCCAUUGUUGGGUAUACGGACGCCAAAUAUGUUUGGGCAGCUCAUCCUGGUGGGACUUUCAACAACAUCUCGUCUCAAGAAAUUGAUGUGCUUGUGGGCAAAGACAGAGAGACCUUUUACACCAGCGGGCUGACUCUGGGCUCAAAGAAGUGUUCGGUGCUGCGCGACAGUCUGCAGGACGAGGGCGACUGGACGAUGGACAUCAGGACAAAGAGCCAAGGAGGAGAACCGACAUACAAUAUUUCUGUUGGGAGAGCAGGAAAAGUUUUGGUUCUUGUAAUGGGCAAAGAAGGGGUCCAUGGAGGCGGCUUGAAUAAGAAGGCUUACUCAAUGGCAAAAUACUUGAGGGAUUCAGGGUUUUAAUGCUUUUGAGCUUACUUGGGUAAAACUGAGGGACAAAAAAAAAAAGAAGAAAGAUUGCUGUUAAGAUUUCUCCUUCAAGCAGUCAAAUGUCUUGGAUACUUUUUAAUAGCAAUGAAGAGUGGUAAGAUACUGUGUCACCUUUGUUCCCCCCCUUACAUCCUGAAAGGGGGAGACUUUUGAAUUUUGUUCAUUUUUCUUUUAUUUUUUUUUUUUUUUCUCUCCCCCCCCUCCUUCUCCUGUGUGCUCCAGUAAUGGUUUUAGUGAUGGGAAAGGAGGCGGUCCAUGGUGGAACAUUAAACAAGAAAGCACAUGCAAUGGCUGAGUACCUGAGGAAGUCUGGAUAUUAAGCAACAUCGCCACCUCCUCUACUUAGAAGCUCACUACCUUUCAUCAUAUUGUGUUGACACUACUUUAAUGAUUAGGUGGCAUACAUUGUUUCUUUCUACCCAGUCUAUUUUUAUAUGCAGCCUGUAGUUCACUUAACUCUCACUACAUUGUUGUCCCUCCCACUUUGUUUAAUCUUUGUCUUUUCUUUUUGGCACUACCGUUACAGCAUGUUCUAUCAUAUGUUUAACCAAAAUGUCUUGUUAAAAACGCUGAAGUAUAAUAAAAGUUGUAAGCAAAAAUUGGACUUCCACAGCUUCAAUAAUUGUUGUUUGUUAUGAAGAGGGGCAAAUGUAAUGGUGAGGGCUAGGAAAUGCUUAAAAAAAAGAAAACGAAAAAACUCCCCAUCUCUGUUCUCUCCUAAAUGGCAUGUGGGGCAGUCAAAAGUUACAUGCAUGCAUAUCCUUUAGUGCAUCUACUCCCGCUCAACCCCCCCCCCCCCCCCCCCCCCCUUCCAACGGGGAUCCGGUGUUCCAACCAAAACCAUCUUCUCAUCUGCCUCCCAUCCUCAAACUUAAGAACCUCCAUGGAAAAACCACAUGGGUUUUUGUUUUUUUACUUUCACUGUUGGACCUGAAUGUGGUCUCAAAGGUGAUUGGCGUGGUGUCGGGCUGUCACAUCGGCCUUAUUGAGAUUGUCAUACAUCACAUCUCUCUGUGGACAUUCCCCCUGACAGCUGAGAGGUGUCGGUGUUGUCCAUCUGUAAAUUGUUUUUUUUUUUUUUUUUUUUUUUGCUGUCAAUCAUAUUUGUGAGGUCCUCUCCUCCCCUGCCCCCUCUCAUUUGGAUCAGUUUGCAGUACGAGACAUCACUCCCAGUUGAUCCCGAUUGACAGCUGUUGGCAACACCCAUUGACUGUAAAUUACUUGCACAACUUCAGAUGACUGUAAAACUGCUUCUUUAGACUAAAACCAUACACUACUAACUGAUUUGUUGCUGACUUCCUGUUCAACUAUUAAUCAAACGGCAUUGUCAUUUUACUACAGUAUGAAUGCAUUUUUGACUGUAAACCAAGGCUGCUGGGCUCCACCUCCACCUUGGGGAUUUUUUUUUUUUUUUUUGCCUUGUGCUUUAGUCAUUUAAAGUGUAUUCACAUAUUGUCAUAGUAUGGUACUGAAAAGUAAAUUUAAAAAGAAAAAAAACCUGUUGCUGUGUUCACUAAACGUAUUGAAAAUGGUGUUGGUUGGAAUUAGAACAUUUGUAAAGCUGUCUUGUGAAAUUUUGAGAAUACCUGUAUUCUGUGCCAUAAAAUCAAUAUCUAAUUUUGUUGCUACUCCAAGUUAGAUUUUUUUUCUCAUUUUGAAGGAAAUUGCUAUUAAUGGCACUCUCAUGAAGGAUACUUUGGCAUCAGUCAUCUCCAGAUUUUGUGGGAAAUGUACAGAAAUAAACAAAAAACACCUGCAGUAUUUUGUUUGAGUUGGAAGCUAAUGCCACAAAAUGUUUGAAAAUGCCAUGAAUUGAUGUCUUGUUUACUGACAGAUGAAAUAAAAAAAAUAAUGUUCCAACCAGAAA